AUGGUCUCCAUUGGCGCCCAAUCUAAUCAGCCAGCGCUUGGGCGCUCUGCUCCCAUUCUGACAUUCAUAGUUGCUCCUCCACAACGUAAACAUAAACAUGCGAAGUCGUCCACGUGGGAAGUCCGUCUCUCAACCUCGCGCGGAGUCCCGUACUUCUACAACACCAUCGACGGCCAGUCGAUUUGGAAGCCACCGCCCGAGCUCUCGCAGGAGGAGGUGAACGCUCUCCCUGGUGCGAAGGAGUACCUCCUUGGACAGCCUGCCAACGGCCGUCCGGCGCAGGUUCGUGCCAGUCAUCUCCUGGUCAAACAUCGUGAUAGCAGGAGGCCGAGUAGCUGGAAAGAGCCCAGCAUAACGCGCUCGAAGGAGGAGGCUAUCACGAUCUUGAGGAGCUUCCAGGCGGAAAUCAAUGGUUCACCGGACAAGUUUGCCCAGUUGGCAGGCAAACAUUCGGACUGCUCCUCCCAUGCGAACGGAGGAGAUCUGGGACCUUUCAAACCAGGCCAGAUGCAGAAACCAUUCGAGGACGCGACGUAUGCGUUGAACGUCGGACAGAUCAGCGACGUAGUAAGCACAGACAGCGGCGUUCAUCUCAUUCUCAGAACAGCAUGA